AUGCAAGAGAAAGAGUUGGCUAGCGGUAGUAUUGGGUGGUGGGCGUGGGUAGGUGGGUGGGAGGCACGGCCGCCCAGCAGCUGGAGAGCCGCACGGCCGCCCAGCAGCUGGAGAGCCCCGCACGGCCGCCCAGCAGUUGGAGAGCUCCGCACGGCCGCCCAGCAGUUGGAGAGCCGCACGGCCGCCCAGCAGCUGGAGAGCUCCGCACGGCCGCCCAGCAGCUGGAGAGCCCCGCACGGCCGCCCAGCAGCUGGAGAGCCGCACGGCCGCCCAGCAGCUGGAGAGCCGCAUGGCCGCCCAGCAGCUGGAGAGCCGCAUGGCCGCCCAGCAGCUGGAGAGCCGCAUGGCCGCCCAGCAGCUGGAGAGCCCCGCACGGCCGCCCAGCAGCUGGAGAGCCGCACGGCCGCCCAGCAGCUGGAGAGCCGCACGGCCGCCCAGCAGCUGGAGAGCCCCGCACGGCCGCCCAGCAGCUGGAGAGCCGCACGGCCGCCCAGCAGCUGGAGAGCCGCACGGUCCGCCCAGCAGCUGGAGAGCCGCAUGGCCGCCCAGCAGCUGGAGAGCCGCACGGUCGCCCAGCAGCUGGAGAGCCGCACGGUUCGCCCAGCAGCUGGAGAGCCGCACGGCCGCCCAGCAGCUGGAGAGCCGCAGGGCCGCCCAGCAGCUGGAGAGCCCCGCACGGCCGCCCAGCAGCUGGAGAGCCGCACGGCCGCCCAGCAGCUGGAGAGCCGCACGGCCGCCCAGCAGCUGGAGAGCCGCAUGGCCGCCCAGCAGCUGGAGAGCCGCAUGGCCGCCCAGCAGCUGGAGAGCCCCGCACGGCCGCCCUGCAGCUGGAGAGCCGCACGGUCGCCCAGCAGCUGGAGAGCCGCAUGGCCGCCCAGCAGCUGGAGAGCCGCAUGGCCGCCCAGCAGCUGGAGAGCCCCGCACGGCCGCCCAGCAGCUGGAGAGCCGCACGGCCGCCCAGCAGCUGGAGAGCCGCACGGCCGCCCAGCAGCUGGAAGCCCCGCACGGCCGCCCAGCAGCUGGAGAGCCGCACGGCCGCCCAGCAGCUGGAGAGCCCGCACGGUCGCCCAGCAGCUGGAGAGCUCCGCACGGCCGCCCAGCAGCUGGAGAGCCGCACGGCCGCCAGCAGCUGGAGAGCCGCACGGUCGCCCAGCAGCUGGAGAGCCGCACGGCCGCCCAGCAGCUGGAGAGCUCCGCACGGCCGCCCAGCAGCUGGAGAGCCGCACGGUCGCCCAGCAGCUGGAGAGCCGCACGGUCGCCCAGCAGCUGGAGAGCUCCGCACGGCCGCCCAGCAGCUGGAGAGCCGCACGGUCGCCAGCAGCUGGAGAGCCGCACGGUCGCCCAGCAGCUGGAGAGCUCCGCACGGCCGCCCAGCAGCUGGAGAGCCGCCCGGUCGCCCAGCAGCUGGAGAGCCGCACGGUCGCCCAGCAGCUGGAGAGCCGCACGGCCGCCCAGCAGCUGGAGAGCCGCACGGCCGCCCAGCAGCUGGAGAGCCGCACGGUCCGCCCAGCAGCUGGAGAGCCGCACGGUCGCCCAGCAGCUGGAGAGCCGCACGGUCGCCCAGCAGCUGGAGAGCCGCACGGUCGCCCAGCAGCUGGAGAGCCGCACGGUCGCCCAGCAGCUGGAGAGCCGCACGGCCGCCCAGCAGCUGGAGAGCCGCACGGCCGCCCAGCAGCUGGAGAGCCCCGCACGGCCGCCCAGCAGCUGGAGAGACCCCGCAUGGCCGCCCAGCAGCUGGAGAGCUCCGCACGGCCGCCCAGCAGCUGGAGAGCCGCAUGGCCGCCAGCAGCUGGAGACCCCGCACGGCCGCCCAGCAGCUGGAGAGCCGCAUGGCCGCCCCAGCAGCUGGAGAGCUCCGCACGGCCCGCCGCAGCUGGAGAGCUCCGCACGGCCGCCCAGCAGCUGCAGAGCUCCGCACGGCCGCCCAGCAGCUGGAGAGCCCCGCACGGCGCCCAGCAGUUGAGGAGCCCCGCACGGCCGCCCCAGCCAGCUGGAGAGCCGCACGGCCCGCCCAGCAGCUGGAGAGCCCCGCACGGCCGCCCAGCAGCUGGAGAGCCCCGCACGGCCGCCCAGCAGCUGGAGAGCCCCGCACGGCCGCCCAGCAGCUGGAGAGCCGCACGGCCGCCCAGCAGCUGGAGAGCCGCACGGCCGCCCAGCAGCUGGAGAGCCGCACGGCCGCCCAGCAGCUGGAGAGCCGCACGGCCGCCCAGCAGCUGGAGAGCCCCACGCCACCAGCCACAGCACAACAAAGAGAGAGACGGACGGAAGUUGAAGAACAAUGACCAAGGUGGCGGCCGUCGCCUCAUUAUCCAUACUGGCGGGUGA